UUUUUCCACCAUAAAAGAUAGAACGGAUUUACUAAUUUUGUUGACUAUAUCAAACAUCAUUAAUACGCAUCUACUAAAUCAAAAAAUUUUCAUCGGGAGAUUUUGUCCUCCCUCUCUGCUGCCACACUGAUCUGCAUCUGCACUUCACUAUGGAGUCAAAAUCCUCAAAACGCGUCGAGAGGAAGACGAUGGAUCCAAAAUAAAUUGGCCUAUCAAAAGCCACUCUCGAAUCCAAAUCCCCACAAAGCUUUCUCACGAUUCAUAAACAGCUCCAUUUUGGGAUGGCAUGGCCUUCUUCUCUUUCUCCUUCUCCUCCCUCCGGACCCCUGCAAUCUUACUGACCCUCUUCGCUACUCUGGUCUUCUUCUUCAUUUCACCUCAUCAAUCCCCCAAAUACUCAUCUCUUUCUUCUGUGAAUCCCCACAGGUUCCUUCUGAACUCCGCCGCCAGCAACAAUUCUGAUCAGUCUUGCUCUUAUAUUCUCCAAAUCCCACCUCAAGAUCGCUGCUGUUUCGCCCUCCAGCACUGUAAUGGCGACUCCAAUGGCCUUCUCAACUACUUUUCCCUCCAUUUCUGUGCGUUCGGAGAAAACCCAUUUGCCUCCAUACCCUGUCUCUCCCUUCUCAUACUCCUGCAGUUCUAUAUACUCGUCAAGACCGCCCAAGAUCGGUUCUCGGUGGUGGUCACCAAGCUCUCUGUUCAUCUCAAUCUUUCGCCGAGUAUGGGUGCCGUAACGCUUCUCGCUCUCGGCAAUGGCGCUCCCGAUGUGUUCGCAUCGGUUGCCGCGGUCCGCGGCGGCCACCCGCGGACUGGGUUUGGAGCAAUUCUCUCCGCGGGUACGUUUGUAUCGGCGUUCGUUGUGGGGUUCGUCGCGAUUUACGCCGCACCCUUCUCGGUAGAUCCGGCGCCGUUUGUGAGGGACGUGUUCUUCUACUUGAUUGCAGCAUCGUCUUUGUUCUACGUUUAUCUUAGCGCAGAGAUUUUCCUUUGGCAGGCAAUGGGGUUUGUUGGAUUUUAUCUGUUCUUUGUUGCGUUUGUGUUCUGGAUGGAUUUGGGGAUGGAUAGGGGCAAGGAGAAAUAUGAGGAUGGGUUGGUUUUGAUCGGAGAUGGUGAGAUUCAGAAGGGUUUGAUGGCACCUGAUUGCGAAGUUGGAGAAAUGGGGAGAAAUGUGGAGGAAGCAAAUCUGGGUUUUGGAUUUUGUCGAGCUCUUGGGAUGAUCUCAAAAGCAUGGGAACUUCCAGUCUUGUUACUUCUGAAGCUCACUAUACCACAAACAGCACCUUCAGAAUGGAGCAGGUUUUAUUUGUCUGCUAAUAUUGCUCUUUGCCCCCUGGCCCUUCUGUAUGCCUGCAGCUCAUUCAUACCAUUAGGUCAUCCCAUUGUUUUUCUCCUUCCACGCACACAUUUUCCCCUGUGGUUUGUAGUACUCUUUGCAAGCUUCUCUUUUGCACUUCUUCACUUCAUAGUUGAAAAGGAGCCCCCCAAAACAGAGCAAGUGCCUGUAGUACUUGUCGCAUUUGUGAUGAGCGUGUUCUGGAUAUCCACUGUUGCUGGAGAACUAUUGAAUUGCCUUGCAGCACUUGGUGCACUCCUUGAAUUGCCUCCAGCACUCCUUGGGCUUACUGUACUUGCAUGGGGAAACUCAGUGGGUGAUCUUGUUGCUGAUGUAGCAGUUGCUAAAGCAGGCCAACCAGCAAUGGCCAUGGCGGGCUGCUUUGCUGGACCGAUGUUUAAUAUGCUUGUUGGGCUUGGAACAGCUUUGACAAUACAAACAACCAAUGCUUUUCCAAAUGCUUAUGAACUCCGUUUUCAUGUGGGUAUCGUCGUUGCAUUCGUGUUCUUGCUUUUGAGCCUGAUGGGGUCUCUGUUAGUUAUAACCUGGUGCAGAUUUAGGGUCCCAAGGUUCUGGGGUUUCUGCCUUGUUAGCCUCUACAUUAUUUUCAUGGCAGUGAGCUUAGUAAUUGCCAAGUUUUCUGGAUGAUGUACCCUACCACCCUCAUGAUUUCAAAACAACAUCUUAUUAUGCUGACUCAAGGGAAGCCUUUGAUUCUGUAAAGCUCCAUUGCAUUGGGUUCCAGCAGCUUCAACACAUGCUGAGUUUAUCAUACUUGAAGUGUAUUGCUAUGUACAGGCCUGAAUCCUGAAUCCAAGCAUGGUGGAAUUCUUAUUCUGCAAUCUGUAGAUAUGUCUAGAAUCGGUGAUAUUUAAAUCCCCAUUUAUAAUUUUCCCACUAAUUUACGAAAUUGCCUAUUUCUUUUAUUAACAAUGAAAAACCAUAUGAUUUAUGUUAGAAUAAUGUGCUUUCAUUUUAUAUUUGUCAUGUACUUUGACUAUGUAUCUGUAAUUGGAAAAUUAAUGGCAAAAAACUAUUGUACUGCAGCA